CCAAUCGAUCAUAUAGCCAGCAGUCAAAUUCAAACAGCCGAGUGAUCAUCAUCAUUGUUGUAAGACCUUCAAGAUGUGUAAAACUUUCGGAGUUCUAAGCUUGGCCUAUGUCGCAGUUUUUGCCUUCGCGAUGGUGAAAUGUGAGGAUGUGUCUGAUAAGGGAUUUGUGGAUUAUCUAAGUAAAGAUAACAGCGUCGGCAGAACGUUUGGCCACAAUGCUCUGAAACGACUGUCUUUCAUCUUCUUACCGGUGAUGUUCACUCUGGGAGUCAUCUCUACUCUGCUGAUGGCGCUGGCCGUUAUAUCAGUCAAAAAUCUUGCUAUUGGAGUCAUGCUUUUAAUUGUAUCCGUCAGUCAGGCUGUUUCCCGACUAUUCUCAGCAGCAGUUCCUGCUGCGCCCUUGGUAUUCCACCCACGCGCUGAGGUCUUACCACCGGCUCUACCAGCUCCUUGGCCUGUAAAUGGUCCUUUGCUAUCACCGUGGGGUAGAUCCGACAACGAAGCUAUCAUCGAAUAAAGUCGAAAUAUCUGAUUAAGGUUCCAUUUGCACCUAGUUAUCGCUAUACUGCCACAAUAACAGUAUUGACAGAUUUGAUGGACAGAGACUAAAGAUAAAAUUAAAUUAAGCAUAUUAAUGCGAUGCCUGAUUCCAGAUACAUUGGGAAUUGCAGCGCAAUUUAUACAAAGAGAAUGAUUGAACAGUGAAGUUAAAAAGGAUCAUUUUCCAUAUUUAAUUUCCCUGCUAUUCAAGGUAUUGCUGUAUUAUUAUUUUAAAAAUGUAAAUGGAAACCUUUUUGACUGAUCAGCUUUUCGAAAUAUCUUUUGCAUUUAACUAAUGCAUUGUGUAUGAAAUAUAUUAAAUGCAUUUACCUUUGUCUGUAUCCCAUGAUAGUCGUGGAAGACAGACGACGAUGACUAGAAUAAGAUUAUUUAUUUAUCCAAUAAAUUAUUUUGAUUA